ACCUCAGAGAGAGACACAACACCGGGAACCAGAGAGAGACACAACACCGGGAACCAGCUGCUGCGCCUGCGCCGGACGAGAUGACGGAGGGCCGGCAGUGUCAGGUGCUUCUGCUGGAUGAUAGACAGCUGGAACUGCUGGUCCAGCCGAAACUGCUGUCUAGAGAUCUCUUGGACAUGGUCUCGUCCCAUUUCAGCCUGAAGGAGAAGGAGUAUUUUGGAAUUUCUUACACUGACACGAAUGGUCAGACUAGCUGGCUGCAGCUGAACCGGAGAGUACUGGACCACAACUUCUCCAAAAAGACUGGACCACUCGAGCUCAAAUUUCAUGUUAGGUUUUACAUUGAGAGUAUCAAAUUUUUGAAGGAUACAACCACAGUGGAGCUGUUUUACUGGAAUGCCAAGUCUUCUGUCUACAAUGGGGCUGUUGAAUUGGAGAGUGAAAAGGUUUUCAAGUUAGCUGCGUUCGUGUUGCAGGAGGCUAAAGGGGACUACACAAGUGAUGAAAGUGCAACAUCAGACUUGAAAAAGCUCCCCGUGUUUCCCACAGCUGUUUUAAAGGAGCACCCAUCCCUGGCCUAUUGUGAAGACCGAGUCAUUGAGCAUUACAAAACUCUCAAAGGAGUAACCCGAGGGAAGGCCAUCACACAGUAUCUUUUGUUAGUGGAAUCUUUACCUUCUUAUGGUGUUCAUUAUUAUGAGGUGAAGGACAAGCAGGAAAUUCCAUGGUGGUUGGGGAUUGGCUACAAAGGCAUUGCCCAGUAUGACCACCAAGACAAGCUAAAACCCAGGAAGGUCUUUCACUGGAAGCAGUUAGAAAACUUGUAUUUCCGUGAGAAGAAAUUUGCAGUUGAGGUCAACGACCCUUCCAGGAGAGCAUCGUCCAAAUCCACGUUUGGCCAGUCAGGACAGGCUAUCCACACGUGGUAUGCCAGCCACUCACUGAUCAAAACCAUCUGGACCAUGGCCAUCAGCCAGCACCAGUUCUACCUGGACUGCAAACAGAGCAGAUCUAAAAUAAGCACACCUAAGAGUCUGGGGGACAUCGCCAUGGACCUUACAGAAAUUGGAGCCUCCAGAGUCGGCAAGAUGAGUGCAGAGAGCAAAGACCAGCUCAUCAUGGCCAGCAAUGGAAGCUUGGCCUCUGCAGGUUCUACAGAUUCGGACAUGAAUGAGGAGCUGAAGAAAGAGAAGCUUGCUGAGCUAAAGAAGAAAGAGAAGAGCCUGCAGGAUCUUCUUGCUCAGAAAUUGAGUGAACUUAAGAAGAUUUGCCUCAGAGAAGCAGAACUGACCGGCAAAUUGCCUAAAGAGUAUCCUUUAGCAUCAGGAGAGAAGCCUCCGACUGUAAGAAGACGUGUAGGAACUGCUUUCAAACUGGACGAUCUUUUCCCUUAUGAUGCAGACCCUCAGUUAAGGAACUUAGAAAGCCGGUUUGCUCUCCAGCAAAAGAUUGUAGAAGCGGCAAAGAAGCUUGCCAGUGAAACUGAACUCUGUAAAACUGUGAAGAAGAAACGGAGGAGGAACUUUGAAGACGCUAUGAAGACGCUUCAAAUGAUUGAGAAUGAAAUUAAUGACUACAGGGUGAAAACGGGCAAGAAACCCACACAAAGGGCCUCACUGAUCAUCACUGAUGACAUGAAUGCAGCAGAACUCGGCUCACUAUGUGACAGCUUAAAUCUGGACGAUGAUGAGUCGUUUGUAGUGCAACGGCAGCGUUCCCGUUCAGUUCAGUGUUCACCACGGCCUUCAGACAACCCCGGGAUUCAAUAUCAAUCCAAUUGCAAGGCCUCCGAAGAGCUGCACAGCUCUGACAGAUUAAACUAUGGCGAAGUCCAUGAACCUCACUCCUACGCCCACCAAGAUGCUUUAUCUCAACAUAAUAGCCCCUAUUACGUUCCCUCCAGGCAAGCAAGGAACUCUCGCAGUAUGCCUCCCACACCCCAGUUGACACGCAAUGCCUUCAGCAGCAUCCAGCUCAGGUGUGAGGAGGACUCACCUGAGCACUUUCGACAGCGCAGUGGCAGUCUCGAGUCUCAGUCACUCUACGCCUCAGAGUGUGACGUUCCUGAGCCUUCGUUUACAAUCGCCCCCGCUGCCCGACGCAGCAACAGCACUGAGGUACUCGACGAUGUCUCUUCACACACCAGCCAGUCAAGCAUGGAAUACUGUGCCCAUUCACGUGCUCGAAACCGCCAUCGUCGCCAGAGGGACAACGUCUACGCUAAUACAGGCAGCAUGCCCAACCUAGCACAGAACGAUUCUCACUGCUACACCUAUAAAGCACCAGCCAGACCCACCACAACAGCCUACUACGUCACUGGAUACCCCUGCUAUACGGAUCCAUACACCAAUGGAAGCUACGCGUAUGAUGAUGAGACAGCGGGCCAUUAUAGCGUAAAUCCUUCCUACCAUACUCUGCCUUACCAUGCACAGGAACAAUACAGUGACUACAGUCACACAGAGAUGGACAGCAUGAGCCAGAAUCCAUAUGCUACGCUGAGGCAGGCAAGGAGUCGUCCGCCAUCAAGGAGCGAAAACCUAAUGAGGAACAUGCAUAAGGCUAUAGUGGCUGAGCAUUUACGAGGCUGGUAUAAUCGGAACACAGCACACAAGCAAAUAGCGUACGAGUACGAGAGGGAGUCCCCGCAAAGCCUGGCCUACAGGAUGACCCCACACGCUUAUGGCUAUAGUGAUCGCAGCACCUCAUACGCCUCAGUUCCUGCAGCACCUAACACAGGGAACUGGCGUGAUCACUUGUCCGUUGGUUUAUCAGAAUACAGCAUGGGCCUUCACCCACCGCAUGCCUAUAGCUACAAUUCAGUCCAUCAGAGUCACCUUCCACAGAGCCGGUCAUACGUAGAUGUAAACCAAAUGGAUUCGCACCGGAGUAGCCCAGUGGACAGUUUUGACUCUGAGGAUUCGAGACUUUACUGGCACGAAGACUCCAAGCCUGGAACUAUAGUGUAGGAAGUUAAGAGAACUUCUUCAUGCUUUGUGCCUUUUUCAAAUCCCCCUUUUUUUUUUUUUUUUUCCUCCCCUGCGGGCGACAAGUUCAAAGCAUCGGUGUUUUCAGGAGCGAUGCCGGUUCAGUGAGAAUGAGUGCAUUCCCCUUGUAACAGAGCCAAAACAGACCUUUGGGACACUCUGGAGAGCAACACUUUGAGUGUGUGUGUGUGGUGCUAGCACUUCUGGAGCUUGGCUUGCCCUGAUGAAUGGAAUUUCUUUGGGAUUUGUUAAUAGCGAUUGGGCCCAGGAAGGUGGUAUUCAAGCCAGAUAGCAGUGGAAGGAUAUUACAAUCGUAAAUCCUCUUCAUGGACACAAAGCAAAUAUUAAUAUGAAGGACUAAACUCAGCUGGUUUCUGUUUUGUGAAAAGUCUCCCAUGGACGUUUUGCAGUUUAUUUAAACAACUUGAAGCAUUAACCUAGAUAUUGCUAUUGAAGUUAACUCUCUCUCUGAGGAAAUAUUUUUACAAAUAUUUUAUAUAUAAUUAUGCAUCAACUUUUUGGAUUCACAAGGGCUUUGAACGUGGCUAUGCAAGAACAUCUGAAGUUCAUUCAGUAUUUUUCUUUCCCCCCCAAGUUGCCCUACUCUGGCAAGCGUUGCUCUUUUUUUUUUUUGGUCGUGUGUUUACUUGCUGAAUUAUUUACACUCCUUAUUUAAAAUACACUGUGUUGCUUUGCCUGUCUGCUGUGGCUAGAUCUUGGAUACAGAACAGGAAUCUGGAUCAUUGUAUCGACAAGAUAAACACAACUGUGGAAAGGUGCUUGAAAAACACAGACCAGCUUGUAGCCAUGUUGCAGAUAGUAAAUAAUGCCCUGGAAUAUUAUACUUAUUACUGAACAUUGGAACAUAGCUUCGCUUAGGGUUUCUGCUAGAUUACUUAUUCCUGAAAGCCCAAACUGUUUUGCACCAUGCAUUUUAAAUAUAGUACUAAUUAGGUUAAAUUGCUGAUUAGUUGUACAAUGUGUUUUUUUUUCUCUCUCUCUCUCUCCUCCCUCUUCUUCCUUCAAAUCUGACUUAUCCACAAGCAGAAACCAAGGCCUGGUGUUUGCCAUCUUUGUCUCUCUCCAGCAGAGAGCCGAUAAUGUGUAUGUAAAUUCUGUAUAUAGAGGUUUUUGGUUUUUUUUUUGUCAUUUUUAAAGAGAAUUUUUUUUCUAUGUGCUUUUUUUUUUUUUGAAAAAUGUGUAAUAUAUAGUCAUCAGAAUUGUUAAGCUGGUUCUUAGUAAUUUCUAUCAAUGAAAUUUCUUUGAAUUAAAG